UCUCUCUCUCUCUCUCUAACCUGUCUGUCUCCCAGCCCAGUGCUGCCUGGCGGCCUUCAUCCUUCUGGCUCUCUCCGAUUGGUGGAUGGCGGCCGUGCUGUAUGCUGGUUGGCUGUGGCUGGACGGGGACACGCCCAACUCCGGGGGUCGGAGGUCCCAGUGGGUCCGGAGCUGGACCAUCUGGAGCCACUACAGGGACUACUUCCCCAUAACACUCGUUAAAACCGUCGAUCUGGAUCCCAACAAGAACUACAUCUUUGGAUUUCAUCCCCACGGCGUGCUGGUUGCCGGGGCGUUUGGGAACUUCUGUACGGAGGCGACCGGUUUCUCUCGUCUGUUUCCUGGACUCCGGUCUCACCUGCUGAUGCUGCCCUUCUGGUUCAGGGUCCCUCUGUUCAGAGACUACAUCAUGUUAGGAGGCGUGGUGUCCAGCUGUAAGUCUUCCCUGUCUCUCUCUGACCUGUCUGAACUGUCUGUCUCUCAGGCCUGGUGUCCAGCUGUUGAAGAUGGUUUGGUCCAGACUGAAGGCAGCUGGAGGGAGGUCAGGGGUCAGACUGGGAUGGUAUGGUCCGGCGGGGGGGGAGCUGGGCUGAGAGUGAGACAGCCUGAGGAUAGACUGGCAGAGAGACAGACAGUUUUUGUUGUUGUUGUGUCUUCUCAGAACCGGCUGCAAAGCAUUAUGGGAGUAGCGAUGCCUUUGUUUCACGCCAGAGGAGUUUUCCAGUACAGCUUUGGUCUGAUGCCCUAUAGGAAGCCCAUCCACACCAUCGUUGGGUCUCCGGUCCCGGUGGUCCAGACUCCGUCUCCUAGCAACGAGGACAUUGAGCGUCUCCAUGAAGUUUAUCUGCAGAGUCUGACUGAACUGUUCGAGACGCACAAACACCGCUACGGCUUGCAAGAGCACCAGCACCUCAGCUUCACAUGAUGCUGACAGUGCUAGCAGGAUGCUAAUGGGAGGCUAGCAGGGAUGCUGAGAGUUUGUUCUGUUGAUUCAUCUGAUCGUUUCAUUCAGGAAAUACAUAAAUAAUAAAACAACUUUAUUUAACAUAAACGUCCCAGUCAGCU